CCGGCAGCACGUGAGGCGGGGGCGGGGCCGAGCCGCGAGCCUGGCGGCGCCGCGCGGCCCCGGUCCCGGCCGCCUCCCCUCGCCCCCCCCGCCGCCGCCGGGGAGGGGGCGCUCGGGACGCCCCGCAUAAACAUUUCGGUCUCGUUUAAAGGGUGUUUUAAUACACCCACGCAACUCAGACUAAGCUGUGGGAAUAGUGACGGUGCAGCUUUGGAGCCAAGACCUGGAAAGAGUCCCGAAAAAAGCGAGGAGCUGCAUCCUGGUUCUGCUGCGGUAAACUCGCUCUGACUUCUGUAGGCCUGGGAUUUCACCCUGGAUGCGACCGUGAAUAAUGGAAAUGACAACAGGCAGUGUAUAUACGUGUGAUGGAGUCGCUGGAGAGCAGCACCGGGGAGAAAAGAUGGAGUGGAGGCCGGGGAAGACAACCCAUGCCCGGAGGAACCUCUUUGGUCCUGUAGACCACGAGCAGCUGCAGCAGGACUUCCAGCACAUGCUGCGCAACAGCAUUGAGGGGGCCCAGCAGAAGUGGAACUUUGAUUUCCUCCGGGACACGCCAGCGGAGGGGCUCCUGCAGUGGGAAGAGCUUGAGGGCCACGAGGUGCCCACCUUCUACCACAGCUGUGUGGUGGGAGAUGCUUGGAGACCACUGCAGCACUUGGAUGGGCCCCUGGGCAGGGAGGACAAGAUUCAGCACUUUGCCCGGGUAGCACUGACUGAGAAACCCAAAACUUCCAAGAAAACAGGGGGCAAGAGGAUCUUGGAAGGGAAUAAAAGACGACAGACAUCUUUGACAGAUUGCUACUCGGCAAAGAAGAGAGUCAAAACGAAUGUGCAAGCUGCUGCAAAGAAGUCAACUUCUUGAAAGCAGGGAGAGGAGUGCUCUGCACAGGAGAGGUUGGAAACGUCAGCCAGGCUUCCUCAAUCUUCAAAAACCGGGUGUGCAGGCAGCAGACAUGUAGGCACGUCACACAGAGAUGUAUUCCUGACAGUGAAAACAGUAAAUACUUUCAGUGGGUUGAGGUCGGGCCAAACCAACUGGAAUCACUUUGAUGAGAAAUUACUGGCUUUAAAAAACACUGGUAAGCAAGUUUGGACACUAGAGAAAUUGGCUAAGGCUAGCAGUGUAAUGUGCAUUAAAAAUCACUGUACAUGAGAAAGUGGUAAACAGUUAAAACAACUGUAUAUGUGUAAUAAUGUGCUUGGACAAGUCACAGUUGGGGUCUUUGAUAUUGUCACGUCUUUACAUACGCUCUUCUUUGGUUUUAGCGGGAACCGCUUACCAAGUUUCACUAUCUCAGCUUUACACUAAAAAUAAUUCCCAGCCAUUUCUGCAAUAUUUUUUUCCGGUACAGAAUUUUAUGCAUGCAACUAUUCAGGGUAUAAGUGACAGCACUUGGGUGCCAAAUGUGUAUAUUGCUGGUAUGUAGAUGGAGAAAGGUGAAAUUAUUUGGGAGAGUUUCCAUUUUAGCCCUGUAUGUCUGACACCCCCCCCGCCCAAGAAUUAGGUAGUAAAACUUAAAUGUAACACGAGUAGAAAUUUGCAGAAAUAUUCCUGUAUCUUUCAAGUCAUUCCUGUUCCCAGCUGGGCCAAAUCCAGCCUUUAUUUUGGGUUGUGCUGUUCCAUUUAGGUCUGUGAGUUUGCACAGUGAAAAGCAAGAUAAAAUUUGCCGUGCAUUUGUCUACAGUGUUUUAAAAUGCCUGCUGCUUGUAAACCCAGUAAGAAUGAGGGAGGCGGUUUAGUUGCCAUUUUAUGCUUUUUAUUCAUACUACUUACCUUUCUAUAAGAAGAGAAAGGGCAUUAAUAACGCUGAAAUGUUACAUGUGCAACAGUCUUGGUGUUGCAUGGACUGCUUUCCUAUGGAAUUUGUUAACAUAUCCUUUUCCAUCACCUACUUUUUAUUUCCCUUUUUUAUUCCCCUGACUAGUUGGGAUAAUUGAGGUUUUACUGCACAUAAUAAUCAGUGGGUAAACCAGAAAGAGAAACCUAUAAAAUAUACGCUCUAAAUUAUACUGCUGCAUAUGGCCUUAAGAUGCAUGGAGUGUUUAAUGAACUUGUUUGGAAACAGCUCUCUAAAUGUCAGGUUUUGAGAACGACAUGAGAUAAUGGACUGCUGCUUUGUGUCUCAGUUCUAAACAAACUAAGGUUUCUCCUGGGCAGUAAAAAUUAACACGCUCGUGUGUGUGUGUGUGAGGUGUACACACGUGAAGUGGUGUAAGCAAGUCAUACCCCCUGCAUUACAUGCAGCAUCAGGAGGGUUUAGUGUGUUUCUUUUUUUGCCAUUAAGAGCUACAAGUGUUUAGAUAUAAAUAGUAGUUGAUUUUUCCCCCAAAUGGCACAAGGCAGUGAUUUUCCUCUGUUGCUAUAUGCUGAGAUAAAGACGGUCAGCAAAUUGCAGGGUCAGAGCCUGUUUCCACCUACAUUCAAGAGUCACGAGAUGUGAUUUUCUCUCUUGAAUUUUUUAAAAUUAGGAACAAACCUUGCUCCAGCUGAUGUCAAAGGGAGUUUUACCCAAAUGAAGCAGGAUGAGGGCCAACCUGACAAGUGCUGCUCGCACUUAUUUUUCUUUUUUAAAGUGUGGUGAUUUUCUCUAAUUAAGAAAAAUUGCACAAUUGUCUCUCCAUGUGUUUGUGAUUUUAAAGCAGACCAAUGACACUGUGCACCUUUUCGGUUUGUAGCAAGGUUACUUGCAGAAUUACUUUCUGACCAGGAUGGCACAAGCUGUGUGUAAAAGCCCUGAAGUCUGCCACGCAUGAGGUUAUCAUGAAGUAGCUGAGUCUUUUUCUUUCAAGGGGAAAAGGGAUGCUUCUCUUUAGUAGGAGAAAUAAUGACUGUCAAUGUUCUGCUGUCCCAAAGAAACGAGAAAGAAUCUUUUUUUUUUUUUUUGCCAUAUUAAUUCCAAAGCAGCUCAGUGCUUAAACAUACAUUUAAAAGGAAGCAUCUGCCUUAAAUGCUUUGUAAUCAGGACACUAUAAUGUCAUAGGAAUUCAUAAAACAAUUGUUUAAAUUAUCAACAACACAGGUUUUGGAUACCAAUGCAGAUAAUGGCUUACAAUGGAAUUUCAAUGUAUUCAGACUGAAAGGUAGAGACUAUGGUUGAACAUUCGGCCUGUCCGCGUUUAUAGCAUCUUAAUUAGCUGUGAUUGUGACUGGGAGGUCAGUGCUAGGGUAGAAAAGAGUUUUCUGCUGAUUUCUUUCUGCUCGUUGAUUAUACGUUUGUUAAGGGUUUUUGCAAUGACGGAAUAUUGGAGAUGAAGAUAACACAAUAACAUGAAGGAGGAGGAGAGGGAAAUACUGUUUUCAUACCAGUGUUUGCAAUGGGAAAUUCAUAUACUUGUACCAGAGGGCCUAACCCUCCCCUGGUGUACACUAUAUUACAGCUCCACUGAUCUGUGGUGGAACCACUGUCAUUUACACCAGAGGACAAGUGAGGCCAAGAUGUUUUGCACUAGUCCUUUUACUCUACAGAAUAAGCAGCUAACUGUGUAAAGCCGUUGCCUCCUUUCUGCAUACACAGGUUUUAAAAGAUAAAUGCUUUCUGCUCUAUUUUUUUGUGUGUGACAGCCAAAAAUAACAACAAACUUCUGAUUAGUGUCUGAGCUUCAUCGUCGCCAGGGUAGAUAAAGUAUAUCUCUGUUUCAUUACUGUACUGAUGAGGAAACAGUGAAACAAGGAAUAUUUCAUUAUUUUGUUCAACUUGUGAAUUGCACUUUCUUGUUUAACACAGUAUGCACAAGGGGAUAUGUCAGUAUGUAACAAAGCUAUGGUGAUAAUAUUUUUUUAAUAGUAGGUGGGUCUAAAACAUUCCCAUGCUUUAAAACAAGGCAGCAGACCUGAUUGAAAAAGGAAUACACUGAAGCUUUGGUCUGCUUCGUUCCCUGGGCGUAAACAGCACGUCAAACGUACCAAGUUUAAUCCUGUAACAAAGCUGCUCAGGGCUUAUUUGCUGACCUCUGAGUUUGAUAGGCUGCAGGGCUCUACGGCUGUCCAUCAAACCCCUGAGCAGCACUUUCUCAUCAUGAGAAGCAAGGGAACGUGUUCAGACUUUGGGCAUUAAAGACAGGGUAGCAGCACUCGUGUAAGGUCUUGUGCGGCUGCAGGAAUUACACAGCAACGGGAGCCCACAGCAUACUGUAACCCCGGCAUGCUGAUAAGUAGGUACAGCUACAUCUACCUGAGCCCCCUCCUUCCCCCCCCCCCCCUUUUUUUUUUUAAUAUAAGCUGCAUGUGUGACUCAGGGCUACAUAUUACUCAACAGCCACAACCUAGCUUCCGCUGAUACCACGGUGUGACCGGCAUAUGUAUACAUUAGGGAAAUCAGUAGUUCAGAUUUUUUCUAUCCGAAAUAGAUGUGUCCCAUGUGCAACGCAACCUGAGCUGAAAAUGGGACAGAGCAAGUCCCGGGACAUUUGUUUUAUGUUUUGUACAAACAUGGAAAUAAUCUCUCAGGUAUGGAUUAUUUCAUUAAAUUCCUUUCAGCAGCAACUGGAGAAAGUUGUUUCACUUGGGCGAAAAAGCCAGGAAAAGAGAUUCUCCAUGUGCUUCUAGUUACUUUCAGGGUGAUGCAAGUACAGCUUGCUUCUUCUUAAAGCAACUCCUCUGCAAACUAUUUUGAAGUACCCUUCUGUAGGGUAGUAUUGGUUUCCUUGGGAAGCUAUCAACUUGCUACGGUAGUUGCUUUAUUCUUUUACCAUUAUCUUUUGGAUCCUUGUUAAUAGGCUUUGGGGGUGGGCCUUAAUAUCACAGAAAGGUUGAGCUGGAAGGGAACAUGGGAAAUCACCUACUCCAUCCCCCUGCCCUGAAGCGAGGAUCAGGACUUGCUUAUUCCAAAGCUUGCGAACUGCUGUGAGAAAUGAUUUGCUCUGUUCACGUGGCAAAUCUCAGGGGUAGCCAAAGUCAACAACGUUCCUCCCGAGAUUCAGAGAGUCUCUGUUAUACAAGAUGCUUUCUUUCAGGUAUUCAUUUGGCUUUGCUUGUUUUGUUGUAAUGCCGUAGACACAGUUGAAUUCCACAUGAGCAAGCCGGUGUGUUGAACCGUUUGGUUGUUGGAUGUGGAUAUUUGCGAUGUCAUCAAUAAAAGCUGGUGCGUAAAUGUGUUUUAGCAGCAAAA